CCCCUCCCUCCGCGCGUGCCCACGCGCCGCCCCCCCGCCCGCGCCGCUGGCUUCAGGGGCCCGCCCGCCGCCCGUCCCUCUCGAUUGGCUGAGCGGCGCCCUCGCUCUUCUUUUAUUGGACAGUUUCCGUGUCAAUCAAUUCUGAGAGGAAGACGGGGCGGGACUUACACCCGGCCCUCCCUUCUCAUUGGCAGGCUGGGAUAGCAGUCAAGCGAGCGAGCGAGCCGCCGCGCGGGUGCUGAGCCUUAAAGUGACAUGGGCUGGAGCGGGCUCCCUUAUGGCCGACAUGGCGGCAGCUAGGGGCGGCCGUCCGCACACGAAUUAUCUGCUCAACACUCAGAGCUCUACAUCAGCCACAGAUGGACUCUCUUCAGCUUCAUUUAUAGAAUAUCCAAAGCACAAGCCAUUUAUUAAUUCAGAUUUGCAGCGUUCCCCACGGAAACCAGUAAUUCCAUAUCCUGAAAGCCACGGCAGAGCAAUAUUUUCUGCUCUGAAGAAUCUCCAGGAAAAAAUUCAUCAACUGGAGUUGGAACGGUUUGAGGCAGAGGAGAAUGUAAAACACCUCAGCAGGGAAACAGCAAACUUUAAAAAAAUACUGGGUGAACAAAUGCAAGACAAAGAACGGGACAAGACUGAAGUGUCAAAGAAAAAUCAAGAACUGACUUUGCAGCUGGCAGCUGCUGAGUCUCGAUGCAGACUUCUAGAGAAACAGCUGGACUACAUGAGAAAAAUGAUCCAGCAUGCAGAAAAUGAGAAGUCAGAUCUCUUGGAGAAGCAGAGCUCCUUGGAGAGAGAUCGGCUUCUUGACCAAUCGCAUGUUCAGUCUAAAUUGGAAAAGCUGGAUAUACUGGAAAAACAGUACAGCAGACUAACUACAAUGCAGUCCACAGCAGAGAAAAAAAUGAAAGAGCUGGAACAGAAGCUUCAUGAGGAAGAACACGCAAGGAAGCUUGUUCAGGAAAAAGCCGCUGAGCUUCAGACAGGCCUGGAAACCAACAGACUACUGAUUCAAGCAGCAUCACCACUGCUUUCUCCAAAAGCAAGACAACCCAGGAAAAAAGAUAAGCAGCCAGAAAAGAAAUGCUCUGUCAGACAUUCCACUGUGCAGCCCCAUUACAGGUUGUGUCUGGGUGAUGUACCCUUUGUGGCUGGGAAGUCUACCAGUCCCAGUCAUUCAGUUACUGCCAACGUGCAACAUGUGCUACACCUGAUGAAAAAUCACACGAAAGCUUUGUGUAACAGACGUGUGGUGAACGAUACUCCAGCAAAACCCACCAGUACUGGUCAUCCUGCCAGCAAAAGCAGAAGGCCAUCCCUGCCAAUGGACUCGUCCUCGUCUCAGGAAGAGCUCUCAGAGGUGUUGCUGACUUUACAAGAUGAAUUUGGACAGAUGAGUUUUGAUCACCAGCAGCUGUCAAAGCUCAUCCUGGAAGCCCCAAGUGCUACAGUAAGGGAAGAACUGGAGAGGGAACUUGAGGCACUGGUGGGAAGGAUGGAAGCAAAGGCAGACCAAAUCAGCAAAGUUCAGAAGCAUCGUUUGCAGCUAGAGAGACUUAAGAGAGAAUGCAAGUCCAGAAAGACUUCUGCUAAACAAAUAAAAGACAGCAGGUUCCCAGUCAGUGAGGUUAAAGUAACAACCACAAUAACCACAAAAGGAAAGAAUGCAGGUCCUAUCAAAGUGAAGCCUGGAGAAAAGAGUCGGAAAAAUCUCCAGUUGCUGAGAGACAUGCAGACCAUACAGACUUCACUACAGAAAGAUGAUAUCAGCUGGGACUACUGACUCUUCUGCAGGAGAUGUUCUUGAAGCAUCCUGGCCAAACUUACAUUCUGGAUCUAAAGCAACUGCCUUUCUUGCUGUGUGGAAGAGACUACUGUACACUAAGCACACUUUUGAAAUACAGGCUUACAGGCUCUUGACUCUCCAUCCCUG